AUGACCAAGGACCAAAAAGGGCUAAGGGGCGAAAAGGGCCAAGGGCCAAAAAGGGCCAAGAGCCAAAAAGGGCCAAGAGCCAAAAAGGGCCAAGAGCCAAAAAGGGCUAAGGGCCAAAAUGGGCCAAGGCCGAAAAUGGUUAUGGGGCCUGAGGUACACAAUGUAUCUGACUACAGCUACUAUGACUACGAGAUAGACGAUGACUGUUUUUACAGCUACAAUAAUAGUGAUUAUGAAGACAACGCACAGCCUAGGACAUGGAACUGUUUCUAUUGGGAUGAACUCAUACCUACUCUGGUAGUCUACGGUACGACGUUUCUUCUAGGAGUCGUAGGCAACACGCUCAUAGUUUUUACCAUCUGUAGGUAUCGAAGAAUGAAGAGUACAACAAACGUGUUCCUAGCUAGCCUAGCCUCGGCCGACCUCCUUCUGUUACUCAUCUGUAUACCUGUCAAGGUGGCAAAGUUAUUCUCCUACACGUGGACAAUGGGGAUCCUGCUUUGCAAAGUAGUCCAUUACAUGCAGAACGUGUCCGCUAUUUGCUCAGUGCUUACCCUCACUGCUAUUAGUGUUGAAAGGUACUACGCAAUAGUCCAUCCAAUGAAAGCAAAAUAUAUUUGCACCAUAAGUCAGGCCAAGAAGAUUAUUCUAGCAACAUGGUUGGCGUCUAUUUUGCUCGCUUUGCCUAACCUUGCUAUUCAGGUGCACAUGGCAGUUGGACCCCGUUUCAACCUUUUUUACUGUACAUUGGACUACGACAACCGACCCUUGCUGAAGCUGUACCAGCUGUACAUGCUGGGCCUGAUACUGGUAGUACCUACCAGCGUCAUGGUAGUGACCUACAGUGCUAUCUGCUGGGAGAUUUGGCAAGUCAUGAAGGAAAGGCAUCGCAUGGUGACAGGCAGAGCAACUCACAUGUUCGAGAGUAUACCACUUACCAAGAGAGAGAGUGGAGGGUUCAAAAACGAGAACAUUGCAAGCGACGACCGCAGCAACAAUGUUAGACAAACGUUCCAGGUCAUCAAGAUGCUGGUGUUGAUUGUGGUGAUGUUUGUGGUGUGCUGGGGCCCCAUCAUAGUCCUAGAUCUGCUGACGGCCUACCACGUGGUCCCAGAACACGCCGCGGGCACCACAAAACAUGUGAGGACGGUGUUCCAUCUCAUGGCGUACUUCAACAGUUGCGUCAACCCGCUGGUGUACGGCUUCAUGUCAAAGCACUUCAGGGAGAGUUUCCAGAAGACUCUUUGUCGUUGGUGUCGUGGACCUCCACGGCGUCAACUGUCUGUUUCCCAGAGUCGAGCGACUUCCAUAAGGUUUAAGGAGAGAGACAGAUCUACUAUGCUAACUCAGCUGACGACACAUUCUCCUCACCAUCUGUAAAACUACAGAGUGACCUUGAACCUUAAGGUGCCUAAUUAAUGAAAAUCUUAAGGUGUGUGGAAGCUUAAACAAGCUAAGUACAAACAAAAGUCUGUGGAGUUCUUCAUGGUACAUGAAAGACAAUGGACUUCUUAUUGGAAUCCAAAAUAUAUUUAAAUACCCAGUGUGGAUUUAAAAUCCAACGCUUAACUCUCUUAAGACAAGAAUAACAAAUUAAAGGGAUGUUUUA